GUGUGCGCGCGCCUUUCAGGGGGGCCCGACUCGAGAGCAGUUGGUGGUUGCUCCUCGGCCGAUGCCUGGCCUGCUGCUCGGCUUCUUCGCUUCUCUCAGUCCCUUCCCGCGGCAUCCGUAUCACUCGUGACGCAAAGUUGUGUGCCUCCUUCAAAAGCUGCGCUCAACAUCGCCUCUGCCGUCGCCAUCCUCUUCGUUGCUUGACCUAUCUCUGCUGCUGCGGCUGCCAGAGCGCGAGAGGACACGCGAGACGCCCUUUUGUGAACUCGGCAUCGUUCGCAGCUGUCGCCGCGGUGCUCGCGCGUGCGUGUGUGUGUGUGUACGCGCUGCACUCUUUGUUUGCGGUGAGAGAGCUGUCGUUUCCCCCCACUUCGCCGGCUGCUGCGAGUUACCGGCUGCUGCAGCGAGCCUCUGCCUCGUCGUCGUCUGCGGUUUUCUUUUCGAAGAAGGAGAAAGACGUCGCAGGAUUUCUCGUGCCCGUCUCGCGUGCCGGUGGAUUGCGCGCGCUCUUCUCGCGCCGCUGUGCCAAAGCGGCUGGUUGUUCAGUGCUCGAAGCAACGGGCUUCGACGCAGCGUGUGCGUCGGAUUCGAGAGAGCGCCUGCCACCCCUCGGCGAAGUUGCGUGCGUGAUUGGGGCGACCGAUCAUCUGUCUGGCAGCCCAUCGAGUGCCGCCGGACCUCCGCCUGGCCUUUUCCUUCUUUUGGUUGUGUUGUAGCGUGUAAGCGGCGGCCGCCGCUCUAAAUGAUGAAGGGCGAGUCCCGGAAGGUUGCCGCGCCUCCGCCGCUGUCACCGGCCGUGGGAAACAUCGUCGCUCUGGACGCGCGCUCGACUCAGGGUCGACGCCUUCGCAUCUGCCGCUGCUGCUGCUACUCCGUGCGGCUGCUUCCAGUGUUCGAGGCCUGAGCUGCAAUCGACGACCCGCCAUGUCUUCGUGGCGGAAGAAAAUGCGCGUCAAGUGGAACCGCAACUUGGACGGUGGUCCGUCGCCGAGCAACGCUGUCGGCGACGAGGAAUCGCCGCUAGGCCUCUUCGAGCGCCGGGGAUCCCUGCGCAAGCCGUCGCCCCCGGCCGCCGCCAAAGAAGAGACCUUCAAGAGGAGCUGGUCGUUCCGCAUCGGAAGCGGCAGUAGCGGCGGCGGAUCCAAAACCAAGGAUGUGGCGCCCGGCGGGAACGACAAGAGCGCGUUCCUGCGCAUGUUCCGUUUCGGCAAGGACAAGAAAAAAGCCGGCCACCAAGAACCUGGCAGGAGGCGCAUGUCGGACGCCGCGGUGACAGAGGCGACGCGCAAGGACGAACUGUCCCAGUGGUCCUCUGUGCCCCUGGACGUCAGUGAAUCGCCCGAGGCGAAACGUCGCCAGGAGGCCGCGCUGGUCAUGCGGGCGCACACGUUGCCACGCUCUCUGGAGGCUGCCCCCGGCGGCAGCGAGUGUCCAGACGACGACGGCGACGCCAACGCGGUUUGGGGCCUCAUCUACUGCGACCCCAAGGCAGAGAUGAACGGCGACUUCAGACUGCCGCGCGCCAUUUCCACGAGGAACCACGAGUCACGAAGCGGCAAGGUCUUCUCCGACGCGGUGCUUCCCCACUUUCUGACUCCCGGUCACGAUCUCGGUGGCGGUGAGCCCGAGCAGGAGGACAAGAUGCGAGCACUGAAGAAGCUGCUGUUGAACGGAACGUGCCUUGCGGCGGCGGAUGUGCCGAGCGAAGACGCCGACAGCAGCCACUCCGUCGCCAACGGUGCCGUCGUCUUCGAGAGCCCGGAGUCCGCGUCCGCCGACUGUGGCCCGCCUUCGGCCGACAGCGUUCAGGGUGAUUUUGGUGCGACUAGUGGCGCUGAAAGCAACACCGAAAGCAAGUUUUCUGUGGCCCACUCAGAAACUGAACGCGACGACGUGCCUAACUUAGCUAGCGAACAGUGCGAACACGAAAUCUCGCUAUGUGAACAAAACGGUGAACCUACGUCUAACGUCACCUUCGUUGUCGAAGUCAACGAAUGCUACCAGGACGACUGUGACCAGGCCGAACAGGUACCCUGCACCGAGAAUACUAGAGAUGACACGCAGCCACUCGCGGGUACUGAAGACAUGUCUCAAGCUUGCGUAGAAAGUCACGAUGACGCCUCCGAGGUGUCGCGACCCGAGUCAAACAAAGGCGUGAACAAACAGGCCGCUAACGAAGACACCGAGGCGGCUGAUUCCAAACGAAGCUUCCAGAGACAAAGACACGACUCGGCGUCGACCGGUUCGAACUGCGAAGAGUGUCCCGCGCAGGACGAGUUCGAAUUCGUCGCCGCGGAGCCUGCGAGGUGCGAGCAGCAGCGGCGAAUCAGCCGCGAGACGGUCUCUCCCGUCUCUGACGUUUCCGACGACUUCCCGGCCGACGAGAAAGCCAGCUUCAUCUUUCUCAAGCCUGACAACGGCGGCGAGUCCCUUCUGUCGCCCUUGUCGACGCCCGAUGACGAACCGCCCGGGGUCCCCUUCGGCAGUCAGCGUGUCAUCGACGAAGACUGCGGCGUUCCGGUAGAUCAGUACGAAAACGUCUUCUGCAGCGACUCUGAUCUGGAGUCCGAGGACCUGAACGACCCCGAAGAAAGAGAAGUAAUAAUCGUAGACCACCUGCCUGUCCAGGAAACCCAGGACGCCCCGGACGUGUGCGUGAUCGGGAACGACAUGAUCCAGUCCGUGAACUACGAAACCUUCGUGCUGGAAAACGAGGUCACGCUCGGCACGUCUAGCGCCAGUUCCGCUCAGGAAGCGGCGCAGAGCGGCGGCAUCAGUGCCGCGCGGGCCGACUCGCCGCAGCUAGCUCCAUCCAGCGCAGCCCGCUCGACGCCGCGCGACGCUGUCGAGGAAGCUGACGGAGCGAGCAAGCUGGAGGCGUCCGAGGGAAGCUUUCGGGACAAGGUGCAGUACUUCAACGCCAUCAGCGCCGAGCACACCCCGCCAAAAUCGGCCGCAGAGGGCAAGCGUCCGCGCGCGUCUCGCAUCCCGACCGCAUCCCGUCUACCCCGGCCCUCGACUGCUGCUCGCCCGGCAAAGGAGUCCGGAAUACCCGUUCUCACGGCGGCGCCUGUACCAGCCAAGCGAUCCCGGUUCGGCGCGAAAGUCGGCCAUAUACCGCAGCCGAGCAGGAACAACGGUAGCGCGCUGCUGCAGAGGCAGGUCACGCCGCCGCUGACAAAAGUGACGGCCCCCGCUCCCACCAGAGAUUGUUCUGUCGGCCCUAAAGCGCCGCUGUUUUCCGGACUCGCGAAGAACGCCAAGCAUGCGCGGCACGCCGCAGCGGAGAGCGGCAGCUCUGCAGAGGAAGCCCCAAAAGCGCCCACGCAAGAAGCCCCGGGAAAGCUGAGGCGCUCGGGCACGUUCGUCCUCGACGAGCCGGAGCCGACGGACGCUGCGCGGUCGGCUUCCUUGCCGCGAGCCGAAGAGGACGUCGUCGUGCAAGACUCGUCGUCCGCCGCACCCAGGCCCAAACUCCAGCAGCAGCCUACUCCCGGAAAGAACGGCAGGGUGGCGUGCUUGACUUCGGAUAGCGCCCAGAAGCGGCGUGCACUGUCUCCCGUCGUUGUGCUCGCCGUCGAACCCGUCGUCACGGUGGUGCACGAUGCCGCCAUGAAGGUGGUGGCCGCCCCGUGUGCUUCCGCGGCCUGUGCGCCGCCCUCGGUGCAGGUGCCCGUGGUCGAUUCGACCGACCGCACCCUGCCUUCUGAUGGCGACGAGGAUGCCGUCUGUUCGUCUUGCAAUGUGAAGAAGGGCACAGCAGGAGCAGCGUCGCGAGUGAUUUCUCAGGGCCCUGGCACAGGUCGGCCCAGUAAAAUAGGAGAGGUGCGAAUCCAAGCCCAGUCCAAAGCUGAAUUCACCAAAGAGAUCCAGCGACUGGGUGCCCUCUGUGAGUCGAAAACCAAGGAGCUCACCAUGCUAAAGUUGCAGCUCAGGCAUGCCUCUGCUGGAUUUGCCUCUUUUGGUGUCAUCAUCCAGCACCUCAAUGCACAAGUAUUGCAGAAUAACUCCUUCCGUAUCCCAAAGCUGUCCGAAGAAUUGCGGAAAUCACAAGAAGAGAUUGAAAAGGCCCGCAUUGCAAUUGAGGAGUACAAAAACAACAUAGAAGAGUACAAGCGGAACCAAGAAAAGGAAAUCAAGGCACAAAAGGCAGAGCUUGAAGUAAUGCACACACAGAGGAUAGAAGAGUUGGAAGCAACCCACAAGAACGAACUGACGGGGUACUUAGAGUCUCAUGCACGAAAGAUCGAGGAAAUGAAAGCGUUUUACACAGAUAUAAUAGAGAGUGACCGCAAAAGCCACGAAGAAACAUUGGAUGCACUGAAACAGAGGCACCGGGAGAAGAUAGAUGCCAUCAACGAGGAAUAUUCUCUGCAACUGGACUCCAUCAAUGAGGACCACCAAGCACGCCAGAAAGAGCUUGAGCAGAGGUAUGAAACCCUCCAACAACAACACAAAGCAUUACAGCAACAGGCCAGGGAGUUCCAGGAGUCUGUGCUCUCAGACACAGACGCCAAGAUCCAGUGGCUUUCCAAGAAAAAUGCAGACCUGCAAAAGGAAGUGGAAAGCUUGAAUGUGGUUCUUGAGAUGCGCGCCAACCAGAUACAGAGCUUGCAGCAUGCCAAUAUAGAACGAGAACGAAAGGAGGAGGAGUUAGACCGGUGCAAGGCAAAGAUGCAGAAGAUGGAGGCGCGCAUUGAAGACCUUCAGGAGUUGCUGAAUGAGAAAGCCAAGGUGCAAAGCCAACUGUCCGUGGAAAAUGCCAAACUCAGGGAGACUUCGGAGAAGCAGAACCGCCAGCUCUCUCGGCUGGACAUGCACAACGAGGAGCUAAAAUACAAGUUGCGCGAGAGCGUCAGCUCUCCAAUGCGCGAUGGUGGGAACAAAGCAAGAGCACGUAGCACUGCUCACAAGAGGUACUCCGUGGCUGACCCAACGGCCAUGUCUCAGUCCUGGCAUGCGGCCGACCACCAGUCCUCUCCACGUGCCAGCAACGGCGGAGGCAGGCUGCUGGGUGGAGCACACGGGCCGCACCGUAGCAACCAGAGCUCUCAUUCCCUUCCACGCGGGUCCUCUGAAGGAUUCCAGCCCAGGAUGCGCCGCAGCAUGUCCGAGACGUCACCACCUCAAGAUGCCUGCGUGCAGCAGCUCUUCGCAUCUUUCGCAGCAGCAGAUGUCAGUGGUGACAGCAGCAUAGAUGACUCCUUAUCGACCUUUGAAAACACGCCCUGCUCUCAGGAUGACCUGCUACGGCUGACAUGGGUCAAAGAGGACGGCGACCUUCUUCAGCAAGAUUCUGAAAGCCCAAACACUCCUCGUGUGGAUUCCUCGUCUUGACAAGGCACAUCAGCUGCACGAGUUUCUUCUCCAAGAUGUGGCACAUCUGCUUUGCAACUGCCUAGAGCCAGGGGCUCGCAUGUGCCGCGCUUGCAUGUUGCCACAACCACCACUUCACGUGCCGUGCAAAACAGGUCUCCUCGCUCGUCGGCAGGCGAAGAGAUGGCCCCGGAUGAAGAUGCAGUGGAUCAUCGGGAAACAAGGCCGAAGUCAACUACGGGGCAGGCUAGGUGCGGACGUACUUAGGCACUACUUACAGGUCGCCGUGUGUCUCUGUCAGGGGCCCCCUUGUUCUCUGUGAAUCCCCCCCCCCGCUGGCUUGUGCAUCUCGCUUUUUUGUCAGCUCCAUCCACGACCGCCAUUGCCAUGGGCUGCUAGUCAAACUGAUGUCUGUUUUCUCCCCCCACUGUGCUAGUUAAUGAUUGUUUGUUGACUGUGUGGAUGUUCGCUUUUUGUGACUGCUGGCUCACUGAAUGUCAUCUUCUUUUGCUGCUUUUGUGCGUGUCACGAAGAAAAACAUUGUGGGACCAUUUCGUUGCCAUUGUGUGGCAAGUGGCGGCUAUCAAAUGUGCAUCUUGGGCGUCGGAGUGGCUUUCUGGUGUGCUCGUGGAGGGACAUUCUUUUCAAAGCUCUGUUCAUUUUUAUCUUUCUUAAUUAAACAAAGAAUAAGGAUAUAUGUGUGUUAUAUUUUUAUAUCCUUGUGAUAAUUGUUUCAUUGAUGUGUUGAAAGCUUUUUUCUUUGUUUAAUAAUAUUGAUUUAAAAGAAAGUGUACAUUGUGAAAAAUUGUCUACACAGAUCAACAUUCAUUAUCUGUUAGUAAUUGUGCUCUUAAUUUUCUUAGGUGGCUUAUUUUUAGUGUAGUUUUAGUUCCUCCCAUGGAAAUAAUGUUGCUGGUAUGUUGAGGCUGUGAUAGGUGGUGUUGAAUGCUUGGCGUAUACUUCAAAGAAGAAAGCACUGUUGCGAGCUGUGCUUUGCAAAGGUUAUUUACUGCAACGUUGCUUUGACAUUUAUUUUAAUCUAUUGAGUGAAUCUGGGCAACAUGGUCAGAGCUUAAGUGUAUAACUGCAAGUUUUGAAUAUAAAUAUUAAAUUGCCCUCCUCUAGCUCCAUUUUUUCCCCCUAGUUAAGUGCAGCUAUAUUUAUGAGAGCAUGCACUGUUCCAUUGUUUAGCACAUCAACAAAAUAAUAAAACUUGAGACCACA